AGCACUCACAGCUGCUCCCCAUCCUGGCUGUGUCUUCUCUCUGCCUGCGGUGGAUCUUGGCACACUUCCUGUCAUCUCGUGGCUGCACGUAUCCCUUCAGAAGAGAACGCCCCACGCACGGAGUACCGAGGAAGCAUAGGAUUCAUCACCCACUAUUGCCAGACAGCCAUAGUCUAUCUAGCUGCGCAUUCAGCCUGAGCUAACUAUCAUUAAAUGUUUUGCACCUGUCCUCUUUCGAGGCUUGGAAAAUCCUGUCCUUCUUUCUAUAUUUACCGCUCGUGGUUCUGCCUGUCUAGAGUUAAUUCACUUGUCUUCGAUGCCGUUGGGUGACUUUAUUUGAGCUCACUUUGCUGCUUCUGUCCAACUCGUCUUCAUGGUCUUGCGAAAACCCGUCCCACCACGUCUUGAUAAUCCUGGAAAAGGGAAUGAUAGUCGUGAAUCGAGUUCUCCUGCUUCUCCUACCGCGAGCAACGGUUUCUCGUCUCCGAAACGUUUGACUCGCAAGCAGGCCCGAAGUCCUCCGCGUUCACGCCAAAGCCCCCGAAGCCCUCGAAGUCCUCGAAUACCUUCACAAGAGUCCGUCUUUUCACCUGAUCUCCACACAUCUCCCGCCUUUGACCUGAUGCCGUUGGAGCAAGCGCAGAGGUCCCCGGCGGGCGGCCCGUACAAUGAGACUCGGAACCCGUGGACGGAUGAAUGGGAGAGGGAAACUCCCCAUCAGGAUGCUGGCGACCCCUUCGAUUCGAGAAACCAGAAUACUCCUGUCAAUAGCGAGCGCCAGGAUGAAGUGACGGCGGAGGACAGGACACCAGCCCGAAUCCCGUCUGUCUUGGCAGCUGGCCGAAACUCGACACAUUCCACCAGUGAUACUUUGGGAUGGGAGCAGCCAAGUCUGUCUCCGAUUCAACUACGAUCUAACAACCCCUUUCUUAAGAACAGACGAUCAGAAGAAAAUCCAUGGGGAAACUCUCAAACUCCCUGUGGUACAGGUGGAACUGAAACAUGGUUACGUGAUUCACGCGCGACGGAACAGAGUGACGUGUUGAGCCAGAGUGAGGGUUAUAUACCCAUGACAGCGCGUCUGUCCCUUCUCGAUCAGCCGCCGUCAACCCCUCUUUGGCCAGAGGAGCAUCCGGCUUCUACCACACAAUCGCCAUCAUUUCAAGGAGGGCCACCUGCUUCACAAGGGGCAUCCCAAAAUGCAUCUGUAGGCGAAUUGCCUCUACAAAUCCACAUAGAUCAAGGUCCGGCACAUGGUGUCUCCUCGGAGUCGUGGGCGGGACGGUCGUCAGCUGCAAUGUCUUGGCCACUCCAGUCUAGUUCCGACUAUAAGGGGUAUAGCAAUCCACAACAACAGUUACAGCAUCAGGUUAGUCAUUCUGGGCUAAGUCCGGAAACUGGGACAGUCCCCAUGUUCAAUGGGACCCUUGGUUCCUCCCAAGAUCUCAUAGCAUUGGAUGAUCCCUUAAAGCCAGAGGGACAGACUUUCUACAGACCAUCCUCUUCCAUAUACGAAUCUGACACAAAUGAGCCAUCUGUGCCGAUACAACCAACCCAUGUUCCCUCAACCGAAUCCCGGCCGCUAUUACCUGAGCUGGAGAAUUCCGAAUCCUCAGAGCAUCCGCCUCCUGUGGUGAGAAAUGCUCCCCUCUCAGAGGCAGAGGCAAAGCGGCAAAAGGAACAAAGAGCGGAAACAUAUUCAAUUAGGCAUGUGAACUGGACGGAUGCCUCUGGAAACCUGCGUCAAUCUCCUGUUCUGGUCCAAAACAAGAACGGACCGUGCCCCUUACUCGCCUUGGUCAAUUCUCUUGUGAUCAGUGCUGGAAAGGACUCACAACUGCCCAUUGUAAAGGCAUUGCAGAGUAGAGAGCAGAUUUCCCUGGGACUGCUAAUCGAAGCGCUGUUUGAUGAACUGAUGACCGGCGUUGGACUCGACGGUGAAAUUCCUGACAUCGAGGCACUCAGUCGAUUUCUGACGAUGUUACAUACGGGAAUGAAUGUCAACCCUCUCCUUACACUGGAGCCGAGUGAUUUGGCCGGAACUUUCCUUCAAACAAGCGACAUCAGACUGUACGGCACUUUUGGUGUACCUCUGCUACAUGGCUGGCUUGCCCCGCCUUCAUCCGAGGCACAUGCUGCAUUGAAACGGGUAGCGCAGUAUCACGAGGAUAUCCAGUUGCUGCAGUUUCGAAGGGACGAGCUUGAACAGCGUGUUAUGCAAGGGGGCGCGCUUACGCUCGAGGAGGAAGGACAGAUAAGGGACAUCUACACGAUCCAACAAUUUGUUGAGGUCGAGAAUGCAACUCAGUUGAGCACGUUCGGUCUUGAGCAUCUGACCAAGAGCCUUCAACCUGGGUCCGUCGCCAUUCUCUUCCGCAAUGAUCAUUUUUCCACUCUCUACAAGCACCCGGACUCUCAUACCCUCUUCACCCUUGUCACUGAUGCGGGGUACGCCAGCCACGCUGAAAUCGUCUGGGAGAGUCUUGUGGAUGUGAAUGGUUCCAAGGCGGAAAUGUUUUCGGGCGAUUUCCGGCCAGUCGGCCAUGCCCCUUCUGAGGCUUCCGGUGACAGUGCUUCUCGUUAUUCUGGCAAAGCUGCAACCGGUAAUGCUGGUGUGACUGAGCAGCCCGUGCCGAGGGCUUUAUCUCCCCAAGAACAGGCCGAUGCGGAUUAUGCGUACGCUCUUUCUCUGCAUUUCCAGGAAGAAGAACAGCGCGAAGCUUCGCGAAAUAACCAGAGCAACCAGAGUAACCAGAACAACAAGAGAAACCAGAGCAACCAGAAUAAUCAACGGGCCCGUGAUCGAAGUGCUUCGACUCCUUAUCGCCCGCAACAGACCGAUGCGUCCAGAAGAGCACAAAACCGGUUCUCAACGCCGGGAUUGAACCCACCGCGUGGGGGAUUAACUCCUCAUAAAGGGGAAGAUGAUGAACCGCCACCUCCGUAUGAACAGGCUGCUGGCAUCCGACCACCUGUCCGGCCGCAGCCUGUCCGGAGGCCACACCCAGCGACUGUUCCUGACCGCUAUAGAGAUAAAACCAAGGACUGCGUGGUUAUGUAGGGUUCAGGGUUCAGUUGGACUGUGUUGGGUACUCUGGCGUAUUUGGGAUUGGGAUUUUCUUUUUUAAUUUCUAUACGUAUGAUGAUUGAAUGAUGAUACGCCAUUAGUUCUGUUGCCCUGUAUUCUAGUGUAUAGACACCACUGGGGAAUCGCUGUUGCUCUAGAUUCUCUAAAUACUAAUGCCUUGCUCUUUUCAUUAAUAUCAUUUGCC